CUUUGGACACAGUCAAUCCCCCCAACAUAUACCAUUCGUUUUGUGCUUGCUCCUUCCACUUUAAGUUUCUUUGCUGUUCUUGCUGUAAUUAAAGAACCCUAAAGAGAUAGCUAAAAGAGGAAAAGGGAUUUGUUCUGAGGAAAGGCGUGGAGGAUAAUGGAGGAAGCAAUGACCGCAACUUACUGGUGUCAUCAGUGCUCUCAAGUGGUUACUCCGGUCAUGGAAGUCGAGAUUAAAUGCUCGUUGUGUCAAGGCGGGUUUAUUGAAGAAAUGAGCAAUGGUGUAAGAGACAGUGCUCAAGACAUGGAUUCUGAUUUCCAAUCCGAUCAAGUGCACUCUCUGUGGGCACCCAUCUUGUUAGGUAUGAUCGGUAAUCCCCGUCGCCGCAGAAGACUUAGACGUUUCGAGUUUGAUGAAGACAAUUCUGAUGGUGAAGCUUACCAUGGAGGUGAUACGGACUUGGACCGGGAACUUGAAUCCAUCAUGAGGAGUAGAAGAAGAAGCUCUGCGACGAUUUUGCAGUUGCUUCAAGGUGUUAGAGAUGGAAUGGCAUCUGAAACCGAGAAUUCUGAUAACGAUAGGGAGCGAGAGCGAGAGCGAGAGCGCGUAAUUGUGAUCAAUCCUUUCAAUCAAACGAUCAUCGUCCAGGGUGGUCAAAACCAAAACUCCAAUCAUAUAGGGUCUAUAGGAGAUUAUUUCAGUGGUCCUGGCUUAGAUUUAUUGCUGCAGCAUUUGGCGGAAAUCGACCCCGACAGAUACGGAACUCCUCCAGCACAAAAAGAGGCGAUCGAGGCCAUGCCAACCAUCAAAAUCAAGGAGAAUUUGCAAUGCUCAGUGUGCUUAGAUGAUUUCGAGGUUGGUAUUGAAGCCAAGGAAAUGCCAUGUAAGCAUAAGUUCCAUAGUGGCUGUAUAUUGCCAUGGCUGGAGCUUCAUAGUUCGUGUCCAGUUUGCAGAUAUCAAAUUCCCGCAGAUGAAUCCAAACUCUACUCCAAUAGGCCGAGGAGUAGUAUUAGAAACCGAAGAGAAAGAGAGAGAGAAAGUGAAAGCAAUGUUGAGGGACAUGAGAGUGAGGAAGAAGAAGGUGAAGGGGAGGGGAGAAGUGGGAGAAGGUUCUCAUUUCCAUGGCCGUUCACAUCGGGAUCUCAAUCCAGCAGAGGGAAUUCGUCGUCCGGAAAUACAUCUCAAACAGAGGAGAACUGAGUUUAUAUGGUAUUAGCAUCUUGUUUGUUGUUCAAUAUUCUAUUCUGCCUUGCCUAGUAUAUACAAUAAUUAUUUCAAUCUUGCGAAAACAUGUGUUGAA